GCAGGUGGCGGUAAUGCGCCUCGUUAACAACCGCCGCUAAAUAAACAGAAGAAGAAGACGAAGACGAACGAUCACUUCCGGGAGGAAAGUAAACACAUGGGCUGAAAAUCUCUCAGGCCAGCGGGUGCAGUCAUGACGAGGUGGGCGAGAGCCAACAACGUCCACAAACACAAGCCAGCAGAGGCCACUCCAUGGAGCCGGCUGAGAGGAGGAGCAGCAGGAGGCAGAGGCAGAGGAGGAGGAGGAGGACACCCGGGCCGAUCUGGUGCUCACCCAGGACCUCAGAGGGACUACCUGAGAGGGACUCAGCCUGGUGGAUCAGCAGUAAACAAACCAAACAAUAAGAAGAAGGACUACGUCAGUGAGGAUGUGAACGGCUUCCUGGAGUAUCUCCAGCAGACCGGACAGCCGCUGCCGAGGGGGGAUAAAGGAGGGUGGCAGGGGGAGCGGGGUCUCAGGGAGGAAGUGGAGACCGCCCUGAAAAAAGACAGAAGAAGAGAGGACAGAAGGAUAAAGAGGCAGACAGACAAGAAGAGCAACAUGCUGUGUUUUAACUGCAGGAAGCCCGGUCACGGUUUGGCCGACUGUCCGGAGGCCGACAGGGAUGAGGAGAUGGGCCGAGGCAUCUGCUACCGCUGCGGCUCCACCGAGCAUGAAAUCCAGAAAUGCAGAGCCAAAGUGGACCCCGCUCUGGGUGACUACCCGUAUGCUAAGUGCUUCAUCUGUAGUCAGACUGGACACUUGUCGCGGUCCUGCCCAGAUAAUCCUAAAGGACUUUACGCUCAAGGAGGAUGCUGUCGUGUUUGUGGUUCAGUGGAACAUUUCCAGAAGGACUGUCCGGAGCACCAGGCUGCCACUAACUCGGUGACGGUCCCCUGGUUGUCCAACAAUAUGAGUGCAGACUACGAAGAAGUCCAUGUUCCAGUGAAGAAAGCCAAACCCAAACAGACGAAGGUGGUGAUGUUCUGAUCCUCAGAGGUCGCCUGCAGCUGCUGCUCUCCUUCACUCUGACUCUGUUCAGGAGUUUUUCAUCAACAGAUUUCAGUAAUCUUUGAACAGCUUUACCAUCUGGACUCUGAUAAAUGGACUGAUCACCGUUCACAUGCAGUGACGUGGUUCACCACACAUUCUGAUUCUUUAUUUGAGGUGCUUUUAAUAAAGCAUUGCUUCUGUAUAUUUACAGCCUGUCUUUAUUCUGGUGCUGGGAAAAAAAACUUAGGUUAUAUCUUUAUUGUUUUAGGCAGUUAUCAAAACUGGCUGGUUUAAAAAAGUGUUCAGAUUGAACUUGUGUUUCUUAUCAAAUAAACAGACUAUUAUCAGUUUUAA